AGACUGUCUUUGAUAAAUGCUGUGUCAACAUUUAUGUAGUGGCAAUCAGAGCAGGACAAACUGUUACAACAGGUGUCAUGUAACUGGUGUCAUGACAGUGAGGAGUUGCCAUACUGUUUUUUCUUCUUAUAUUUUUGUUGCCGUCCAAGAUUUUGCUAUUAAUUUAAAUACUUUUUGGACUCUUAGAUUUGAACUAUAGCCAGAGUACUCUUCACUCUUAUUCCCUGUAAUUUAAUAGUACGUAAAAAUAUGUUUUGGGGAGGGACAGAGCAGUAGAAACAUAAGAAGCAGAGCUGCAGCUGCAGGAAGUUGUCAUGAGCACACUUUAGCUUUGGUCUUAGAGGCUGUUUAGAGGGUAACCAUCUUGUUUUUUGUUUAUGUAGUCAGUAAACAGGAGCCCUCUUGGUUAAGACAUCUGCCUGACAGGACCAGCUGACUUGGCUAUCUGAACCCUUAAGAAGUUGCUCAACAGUAAAGUCUUUGUUCACUCGUAUUAUUUAACAUUGGCGAUAUUUUAACAUUGACAGGGUCUUGGAGCCGACCAGAGGGACGGCUAGAGCUUCAGGGGUUGUAUGUUUGGGUCAUGCGUCCAAACAGAAUCACUGACCUUCUCUGACUAAAAGCUGAGAUCAGCCUGGACAGGAAUGUAGGUUGUCACCAGAGCUAUUUUGGCAAUGUAGAGCCAGUAAUGAUUGUGAUCACAGCAGUGAGCACAGAGCAGUUGCUUUGCCGUCCUUUUUCCUUCAAGCUAGUUUAUCAUGAAUAACCCACCGUGUCUAGAGGGAUUAGAGAGUUGAACGAAUGGCACGCCAGCUCCGCUUGCAUUUUGCGUCAAGGAGAAGUAACACGGACCCUCUGUCAGAGAGCCUCAGCAGCCAUGGUGAAGAGACUGGAGUCAGUGUGUCAACUCACAGCCCAGCGGAGAGCCUGGCACACACUUCUGUCCACCUAAAGGUGACUCCUCUGUCACCAGAAAAUGGGAUUUUACAACAGCAUUCUGCGCUCUUUAUACCCAGGAUUAAUGCUGGAGCAUGUAGUAAAAAGAGUGUUGUACAGAUUGCUUUGCAGCCGUGUGGAAAGCCCAGUGGGGAUGUGGAUGGCAGUACAGAAGAAGGUGAAGGAGGAGCAGGCGCUGGGUCUGACAAGGGCUCAUGCAGCAGUAUGGCCAGUGAUCCUGGCUACUGUAGCAGUAACAGCAUCUUUGAACCAGAGUCUCCAGAAAAGCAGAGGACCACCCAGGAGCACUGCAUACUGCGCUGUAAGUCCAGAGUACCCCUGAGACGCUGCUCCUCUUUGGUUAUCUUUCCAAAAAGCCCAUGCAGCACUCCACCAGCUUCUCCUGACAGCCCAGUUGCUAUAGGGGCAAAUGAAAUCUCAGGAGAUGAAAAUACCAGUUGUGAUGGACUUAGUUCAGUAAGUGGCCACCUUCCCCCAAGGGGGAGCUGUUUAGCCUGUAAGGCUGCUCGAAACAUUGUACAGUUUAAUAAAAUGGAGGAAUGUAAUCAAGUAAUUGAACAGUCUUGUGCGUUGGACAGAUCAAAUCGUCACUCGAGCUGCGUUCGACUGCAUGUUGCUCAUCAGAAACCCGUUUUACCUGCAAAAGGAGCUACUUUUGAGGAUUUUCAUAGACUUCCCCACCCUCAGGAAGAUCAGGAUGCUUUAAAAAAAUUGAAAACAAGCACAUCUGCUUGUAUAUUUUCAAAUAAACCACCAAAUAAGAGGAAGGGCGCCUCAGAAAAGGGACAGUCCCACACUCGUCAUGCUAUACAAAGGAGCUUCUCUCUUGAGGUGCCGUACUCCAAUACUGGAAUUUCUUGUCAUGUUUCAAACCCAAAGCUCUCCAGUUCCUAUUCUCCUCAUGUGCACAUCCAUUUGUCUCCCUUUUGCCCAAAUAAGUUGCCUUAUGGCAUUAAUUCACACCUUAUCACAAGUCCAAACAAAAACACUGAGGUUAGUAUUUUUGUUACUUAUUUCUGAAAAUGUGUUUUUCUAUUUAAAUGCAUGAAGUGUGGUUUGUUUAUUCAUGCCAUUU